GGGAGCCUGCGGUGUUCUCUACCUGUCGGCAGGUAAAAGUCACCUUCCUGGGAGUCAGGCCUUGGCCGCUUGGAGCCAGCCCCUGCUCAAGAAAUAAUUAACUUCGGAUUUCUCGCAUUCCUGAGCACCCAGCGUGGUAUGGAAGGAUGACCCCCGGCGUCCAGGUAAGCGGAGAGCAGACCUCAGAUAUGCAGCUGGCUGCUAGGGUGGCCCUCUCGGCCGCCGCCUUCCUCCUACUGACUUUGGCGUACAGAUAUUACAAGUCUCGGGUGCCCUGCGGCAGCCAGCAAGGAGCCAGCGGGGAGAGAGGCAAGGGCAGUGAAGACGCAGAGGGGACGGAGAGCAUGGUCUGCUGCAGGGAGGAAGAACUGCCCCCUGGACUGAGGCACCGGUGGGUCAACAGCAAGGGUGAGAAGCCGAACCACAGGGCAGGGGGUAACCCGCCGCUUCAGGCACCUGGGCCUGCGGUCUUUGGGGAAUCUAGAGGGCAAGAUAUACCUGCCUGCAGAGAGCCAGAUGGGGAAAGAAAGGUGAAGAAACAGGAGAAGGAGAGGGUGAGUCACCUGGGAAGCAGGCUGCCACCAGACAGAAAAUUCUCGGUGGAAGAAGAGGAGAAGGAAGGGGAGACUUCUGGUGCUGUCCUCAGCAAUGGAAACAGUGCCGCAGUCACAGAGACUGCAACGGAGUCAGAGGGCAGGUUGCCUUCUCUGGGUUUGCUCUCCCCAGAAGGCGGCUUCUGCAGUUUGAACGGCAGCCACAAGGAUGUCAGCUCUGCAGAAGAUGGACUUUGCCUGGCUGCUCAGGAGAAGGGAUCUGGGCAUGCAGCACUUCACCCUGCAGAUGAGAAUGGCUCCACUUUAGGAGGAGGGAGAAGUGAUCCACCUGGAGAAGAGGAGAGGCAGCAUUUAGCCCCGACCCAAGAGGAGCAGGACAGGACCCGUCCGUCGUUCCAUGCCACUUCUGACAUGGGCCUGAAGAUGAACCAUAGCCAUGCUGGGUCACACACCACGUACAUGUUCUCCUCUGUGGCCCAAGUUCAGGUGGAGGAGAGCCUUGUUAAAGAGCAGAAGUUCCAGGAGAACAGUAAUGGGCAACCACGGGUCCCUGGGACCAGCCUGAGAGGCAAAAUCUAUGAUUACUACAUUCAGUCCUUCUCCCAGUCGGUCCUGAAGGAAAUGCCUUCCUGCACCAGCCUGGGUACCCAACCAUUUUCUCAGCUACCUGUGAUCAACAUCCCUGAUGCUUCUGAUGAGCGGUUGGGUCAGGAAUCAGCCCAGUCCUCAGCAGCAGAAGAUGACCCUGAGGAUGUUCCAUCUCCUGGUGCUCUUCCUCAUCUUAUCCAGGAUGAAACAAAGCCCCGGCAACCUGGGAGCCAGGAUGAGGCUGCUGUCCAAGAAAAGAGGUCCAAGAAACCUCCAGGACCUGGAGCUGGCAGCUUCAGCCGGAAAGACAGCCUCCAUCAAAUCAUAGACAACCCAGAGCUUCAGGUCCCUAUGGAAGGGUUUGACUGUCUGGCUUCUGGGCUGUCAGGACUGGACACGCCACCUCUCAGCCCCCUCCGUUCCAGCUCCAUUUCUUCACUGGUCGGGUCCAUGCAGAGUCUCCAAAGCGACACGAGUGAGGAACCCACAGUGGAGCUGGUGGCUGGCGCCAAGUUCUUCCACAUCCCGCUCAGCUCAGAGUCCUCCAUCGACAUCCACCUGGACUUGGGGAACUGCUACGAGGUCUUGUGUACGGCCAAGAAGCAGAAGCUGGAGACGCUUCGGGAAGCGGCCUACAAGGUCAUGAGCGACAACUACCUCCAGGUGCUCAGGACCCACGCAAUCUACAGCCGCCUCAACGGCAUGGAGAGAGAUCUGAUCCUGCAGAGGAGGAUGCGGGGGAGGAAGUACGUGGCUGUGGCGGACGUCAGCUCCCAGGGGGAGAGCCAGCAUGCAAGCAGGCUCUGCUACUACGACGACCAACAGGAUACCUGGCACCUGUUGACUCACGUGCCUCUGGAAGUCGUCUCCAAGGGUUGUGCCAUGUGCAGCAUGUUCAAUUACCUCUUUGUGGCGGCCGGCUGUGAAGGACGGGGGAGGCGCCAGAAGCCAUCCAACCGAGUUUUCUGCUACAACCCUUUGACCAACAUCUGGCGCGAGAUCUGCCCGCUGAACCAAGCCAGGCCACACUGCAAGCUGGUUGCCUUGGAUGGCUACCUGUACGCCAUUGGCGGGGAGUGCCUCUACACUGUUGAGCGCUACGACCCACGCCUGGACCGCUGGACCUUCGCCGCCCCGCUGCCCAACGAUACCUUCGCCGUGGCCCACACCGCCACGGCGUGCGAUGGAGAGAUCUACGUCACGGGGGGCACUCUGCGCUACAUGCUGCUGAGAUACGUUGGGCAGACAGAUACGUGGAAGUUCAGCCUCACCGGUGGAAACAAAGACCGGACAACAGAGAUGGUGACUGUCAAUGGGUUCAUCUACCGCUUUGACCUGAACCGGAGUAUGGGCAUCAGUGUCUACCGCUGUGGUGCCAGGGCCAAGCUUUGGUACGAGUGUGCCACCCACCCCAUGCCCUUCCCGGCCAGCUUCCAGUGUGCCGUCGUCGAGAACCUGGUCUAUUGCAUCGGCCGGCAGUUCAACAUCCGCUUCCUGGCCGAUUAUGUCUCGCCGCGGUUCGGAACCAAGGAGUUACAAACUUUCCCUUCCCCCAGAGGGACCCUUUCGCCUGUGACUCUCGUGCUGCCGGACAGGGAAGUGGUACAGACGAGGGUUUGAGGACACCGAUGGUGGGAACCACGAGGAGGACAAGAUGCAAGCUUGAUGAGGGACCAAAGUGGUCUCAACUCCACAUCUUUGAGAGUUGCUCCCAGCCCCCCAAAGCCUUUCUUGCUUGUUCACAGAUCAGCAUAUGCCUCAGCACCAAGCGAGGAUUUGCCCCAUCUCAUGAACCGCAAAUACACACACACACACACACUUCACAGCCCUGCAGUAUUUGACCACAUUCCAUCGCUGACAGUUUCCCCUCUCUAGCAGGUGGGAAUGUGUGUGUGUGUGUGUGUGCUUAUGAGCAUUCCAUGACAUCACAGAGACUCAGCCAAUGGCGGCAGAAGCUGUGUGGACCUCAAAUGGAGAGGGGCAGUAAACUUUGCAGACUUUUUAAAUGCCUGUGUGUAAUUAAAUGGGCCUAUGUAUAUUUUCUCUGGGGCUUGAAUAUGCAGAUAAAAUAAAAUAAACAGUAGUAACAACAAAGUAGCCUUUGAGAUCUCUGCCACAUGCUUUCAUCAAGGUUUCUGCCGCAUCCUCAUAUUUGCCCUUGGUUGUUCCAUUACUGUAAGUGACUGAAAUUGGAUAAUUAAGAUACAUAACCUGCCAUAAUCAUUAAUGCGCUUUACAUCUCGGUGUCUCAGAAUGCAUUUUCGUCAAAGUGCCACCAAUUACUCAUCUGGAGUGCAGAUUCCAAAUGGCUGCAGUUUCAUUCCCCCACUAUAGGCAGAUUUUUUUUAAAAAAAGCUAUAGAUGGCUCCAGGAUCAGGUCACUGUUAGCUGUUUCCAGGAUGGUUUAUCUUAGUAAGAUGGAAUCUUAGAAUUGCAGUGUUGGAAAUUCCCCCAGCGGUCAUCUAGUCCAGCCCCUUGCAGUGCAGGACUCACAGCUAAGGCAAUCCCAAAUCUACUCUGCUGCCCUCAGGUGUGGUGAAGGAUUCUGUCCCACUCAACUCCCCUGAGUUCAGGGAAGCCAAAGCCUUACCCUGCAAAUAAGUCUGGGUCC